UUGUCUCCAUGUAACGAAAAAGUCAACCUACAGGAAAUAUUACUCUCGAAUAGAACAAGCUAGGAGUGUUGGUCUUGUGUAGAUUGGAAGAGAAGAACUUUUUCUAUCGAUUAGUCCUAUUAAAAGUUUAAAUCGAAACGAAAAUGGCUUCGGAAUAUCGUUUUCGAAAAUCUCCACUAAUAACUCACCUGAUUAGUCAAUUACUGAUCAAUCAAAUUUCGAUAACCCUGAGUCUUCUCCCUUAAAUGGUGAAAAUGAAAACUCCGGGUCUCUAUGAUGUUCCUAUCAAAAAUUAUUCAGAAAACAGUAGAGCGCUUUAUUUUUUGACAGAGGCUGCGCUGACAAGUUCUUUUCCUCUUGAAUCUUCGUCUUUAUGUUUUGUUUUUCUUUCUUAGAUCAACAAAAUCAAUAUUAAGUUCAACAAUAAGUAUGGCAGCCUAUAGUUCUUUAUUAUCCAAUGAGCGUUCGGGUACAACAAAAGCAUUUAUUCUUCAUUAUAUAUUUUUUCAAUAUCCUGAAUCAUUACUUAAUGAAAUUGUUUAUCGUUUAAUGCAUACAGAUGCUGUUAUAACAUUAACAAAAUCCAAUGAUAUACAACGAAAAAUUUCUAGUGACGCAUCAACAGUUUUAGCUGGUCGAGCUUAUCAUAUCAAUCAACGAUAUAUAUAUCGUUGA